AACUCUAUGUGCCACUACGUGUCAGAGGCCUAUUUGUUCUACAUAGCCUAUUUCUAUCUGAACGUUCCAAAACGUUGCGUCCUACUGAACGCGCCCCAGCACAGGCCCUGCCCUGUACAUUCAGCAACAACACAAGACAAGGGAAGGGAAGGGAGACGAGAGCACUCCUUGACGGGAUCCCCGACAUAGAUUGGAAGGCAAGCUGGGUGACAUAAUGAUUUUGCUGGGAGAAGCAGUACUCCCACGGGUUGGGGUUGACAGUUGGGGUUUAUUUAUUACACCAAGUCUUUUGCAAAACGUUUAUUAAACGGACGCAAACGUAACGGGGAGGGCCCUACUUGCGUUUGUCCAAUAGAAACUCUCGUUUUAGUUGCAACACAUUUUGUUUUGGACUCAUGAUUACAGCCCUGAUGUGAGGAGUCCCAUUUCAUACAUCGCAUGGAGAACAGGUGUUUGGUUCAGCAGUGAUGCUACACCGAAUUGGACCAUAUUCAGAAUAAUCGGAUGCUCCAGAUUGAAGCAAUGGAUGGUUUGGAAUUGAGAUUUGAUGCCUGCAUUCUAUGAGUUUUUUUUUAGUGCUCUGACAUUUGCCUUUUUACAUGCACUCAACAAAUUAGUUUCUUACAGAGCUAAUCAAGGCUCUAAGAAUGAAUGUUUUUUAAACUUAUUGCGUAGUUCAAAGUUGUUGGAGGAGCUUUUGUUAAGUUGUUAGGUUAGUUGGCUUUGACUGCAAACAAAGGAAAAUAGGUUUUCUUAUCCUGUGAUCGGAUCUACUGUAGUUAUAAAAUUCCACUUUGUGUUAAGUAAAAAAAUGUGUUCGUGGAUAACAUUUGGUAGUACGCAAUGUAUAGACCAAUACUUUAAUCUUUCACCUCCGUGGUCAAUACUCAUGGAGUCAGUAUCACAUUGACAGGACUUACUGAUUUUAACAAAUCGAAAUGACCUGAAUGUGUGCCUUUGAACUUUUAUGCAAUCUUCUAUGAAAUCACCACUGGCCAACCAUGUUAUUUAGAUAAUUUAGUGAUCAACAACUGAUCAGACUAUUUUCUUAAAAACGUAUGGGAACAAACACCUAGAUAGACUACCAAAACGUCAAAUAAUAUGCAGCGUCUGUUCCACGGCGCCGACACGAGUUUGCCUGCAGCGGAGUGGAAGCGCUCAUAGCUGGACUACCAUCCUUAUCAAAAGGCGCGACCUACAGGAUUCUUUUACCUCAUCGUGGAACGAGUUGCGGUCGGCAGGCAUGUUCGCCGCAGUGGAGCAUGGCCCCGUCCUGUGCAGCGACUCCAACAUACUCUGCCUGUCAUGGAAGGGCCGGGUACCCAAGAGCGAGAAGGAGAAGCCGGUGUGCCGGCGGCGCUACUAUGAGGAGGGCUGGCUUGCCACAGGGAAUGGGAGAGGGGUUGUCGGGGUAACGUUCACAUCCAGCCACUGCAGAAGGGAUCGGACUACCCCACAGAGGAUCAACUUCAACCUGAGAGGACACAAUAGUGAGGUGGUGCUGGUGCGAUGGAACGAGCCCUUUCAGAAACUGGCCACUUGUGACACAGACGGAGGGAUCUUUGUGUGGAUCCAGUACGAGGGCCGCUGGUCUGUGGAGCUGGUCAACGAUCGCGGGGCUCAGGUGAGUGACUUCACCUGGUCUCAUGACGGUACCCAGGCUCUCAUCUCUUACCGUGAUGGCUUUGUCCUGGUGGGCUCGGUCAGCGGCCAGAGACACUGGUCAUCAGAGAUCAACCUGGAGAGCCAGAUCACCUGUGGUAUCUGGACCCCCGAUGACCAGCAGGUAUUGUUUGGUACUGCGGACGGCCAGGUGAUCGUGAUGGACUGCCACGGGCGCAUGCUGGCCCACAUCCUGCUGCACGAGUCAGACGGCAUUGUCAGCAUGUCAUGGAACUACCCCAGCUUCCUGGUGGAGGACAGCAGCGAGAGCGACACAGACUCUGACGACUACACACCACCACAAGUCCAACGUUUGAAGCCUCUGCUGACGGUCAGCUUCACCUCUGGAGACAUCAGCCUGAUGAACAACUAUGAUGACCUCUCUCCCACUCUUAUCCACACUGGCCUAAAAGAUGUGGUAGUCCAGUGGUGUUCUCAGGGGGAUCUCCUGGCCGUGGCUGGGAUGGAGAGAGCUGUCUUGCCCCCCGACUCCUCCUGUCUACCUCCCACCAGAAACGCCGUCGUCAAGUUCUACAACGUCUGCGGAGAACACAUCUACACACUGGACACACCUGCACAACGUCCCAUCACCACCCUGUGCUGGGGUCACCGGGACUCUCGUCUGUUCUUGGCUUGUGGCCCGGUACUCUACGUGGUGCGGGUGGAGCACCGGGUGGCCAGCCUGCAGCUGCUGUGCCAGCAGGGCAUUGCCGGGGCGCUCCGGGAGGAGAAGGACGUGGCAAAGCUCACCAUGCCCUCUCGUCUCUGUUCUUACGUCACCACAGCCUUCACACCCACCAUCAAGCCCCCCAUUCCAGACCCCAACAAUAUGCGUGACUUUGUGAGUUACCCGACGGCGGGGAACGAGCGGCUGCACUGCACCAUGAAGCGGACAGAGGACAACCCUGAGGUGGGCGGGCCCUGCUACACCCUCUACCUGGAGUACCUGGGGGGCUUGGUGCCCAUCCUCAAGGGCCGACGCAUCAGCAAGCUCCGUCCCGAGUUCGUGAUCAUGGACCCCAAGACGGACGGCAAAGCAGAUGAGGUGUAUGGGAACAGUCUGAUCUCGUCGAUGAUAGACAGCUGUAACUGUUCAGACUCCAGUGAUAUAGAGCUGAGUGACGACUGGGUCGGCAAGAAAUCCCCAAAGAUAUCCAGAGGCAGCAAGUCUCCCAAACUUCCCAGAAUCAAUAUUGACCCCAGAAAGUCCCCCAAACUGUCCCGCGCUACCCAGGAGAUCUCGCGGUCGCCACGGUUACCCAUCCGGAAGCCAUCCAUUGGGUCCCCAAGUCUCACCCGCAGAGAGUUCCCCUUAGAUGACAUCACACAGCAUAACUACCUUGCUCAGGUUACAUCCAACAUUUGGGGAACAAAGUUUAAGAUUGUGGGACUUGCCACCUUCUUGCCAACCAAUCUUGGUGCAGUGAUCUACAAGACAAGUCUGCUCCACCUGCAGCCCAGACAGAUGACCAUCUACCUGCCGGAGGUGCGUAAGAUCUCUAUGGACUACAUCAACCUGCCUGUGUUCAGCCCCAACGUCUUCAGUGAGGAUGAGGAUGACCUGCCAGUCACCGGGGCCUCGGGCGUGGCCGACGACAACCCUCCCUGCACUGUCAACAUCCCCAUUGCCCCCAUCCACAGUCCCGCCCAGGCCAUGUCCCCCACCCAGAGCAUCGGCCUGGUCCAGUCCCUCCUAGCCAAUCAGAACGUCCAGCUGGACGUCCUAUCCAAUCCCACGGCCAUCUCCUCUGUGGCUUCUGCAGGGGGGUCGUCUGACCAGGGCCAGGACACCAUCCUGACCGCCCAGUACACGGUUCCCAGCAGGUACUCCAGUCCUGGACAGGUCAUAUUUGGAGGGCUGGAGAUGAGCCGGCUUCUGGUUGGGCCUCCUCCCUCUCAUCACCACCAACAACAACAACAAAGCCAUCCACAGAGCCAUCAACAACCACUGCAGCAACAUCAUCAGCAACAACAAAUUCAGCAUCAACAACAACAGCAGCUUCAGCAUCACCAUCAACAGCUACAACAACAGCAACAACGACUAGCGCAGCAACAUCACCAACAGCAACUGGCACAGCAACAUCAACAGCAGAUCCAGCAGCAGCAGAUGCUGCAACACCAACAGAUGCAGCAGCAGCAGAUCCAGCAGCAGCAGCAACACAUUCAACAGCAGAUCCAGCACAUGCAGCAACAGCAGCAGCACAUCCAACAACAGCACCAACAACAGCUCCAGCACCAACAACAGCUCCAGCAGCAACAACAACAGCAUCAGCAGCACCAUCAGAUGCAGCAACAGCAGCAGAUACAACAGCACCAUCAGAUGCAGCAACAGCUCCAGAUCUCUGUCCCCUCUCAGGUGUCAGGUGCAGCGGUGCACCAGCUCCAACAGGGUGCGCUCCAGAUCCCUGUCCCCCACCCUGCAGGGGGGCUGGUGGCUGAGAGAAGGGUCAGCGUGGAACAUGAGCACCUGCUGAAGAUCAAACCCACCCGCUCUGCCCCCCAGCUGGCUGAGGGGGACACGGUGGUGUUCAGCGCCCCUCUGGAGCUCAGCAAGAUGAACCCCCCGCCCCCCUACCCUGGGACGGUGGCCGCAGCUGCAGCCUCUGCCUCUGCUGCAGCAGCCAACGCCGCCUCUGGACAGGCUGGGGGCAGUAACGGCACCCCGCCGCCAGUGGACCUGUGCCUGAAGAAGGGAGAGUUCUCCCUGUAUCCUCCUGGCCAGCAGGCGGCACAGUACCCAACGCCGCUAGGCUACGAGCGGAUAACUACGUUCGACAGCAGGGGUAACGUGGAAGAGGUGUGCCGGCCUCGAACGCGGCUUGUCUGCAACCAGAACAUUUACACGCUCCAGGUCCCGGGAAGCUCAGCAACCCUCCGGGUUACCUCCUCUUCUUCCUCAACAGACGGGAAGAAAAUCCAGCUGCCCUACGCCUCGGCAACCCUCAACAGGCUCACCGUUCCCCGCUAUUCCAUACCCAGUGGAGAUCCGCCCCCCUACCCCGACACAGCCAAUCAGAACACCACAGGGGGGAGGAGCACCGGACAGAGGCUGGACAGCAGUCUGAUCCAUGCCACACUCAGGCGGAACAGCCGAGAGGCCGCUCUCAAAGUUUCCCAGAUGCUGGACCCUCAGAGGACCCUGCCCACUAAAGCCAAAUCCCAAAACGCUGCACUGGCGGCUUCCUACCAACAAAGGGUGCCCAAAGCCCUGUACACCUGCAGUCAGUGCAGUAGUAACAGCAGUGGGCUUAGCAGUGCAGCCAGCAGUGCUCCCAGUGGGACUGCGAAUGGAAUCGCAGGUGGUACAAUCAUUAGACAGGAUUUUCCUCCAGGGAAUGGAGCUCCUCACAGCACGGUGAUCGUCCACUCCAACAGCGCUUCUCCCCUAGUCUCUCAAUCCUCAUACAACCUGGAUGGCUCUGGGAAUGGAGGAGGAGGUGGGAACAGAGACAGGGCUGACUAUGUGAACUCAGCCUUCACAGAGGAUGAAGCACUGAGUCAGUCAUUGAGGCAUCUGGCACUAGGGGGUGCAGAUGUGUCUGGAUUGACAGUCAAGAGGCCACCGCCAUACCAGUGGGACCCAGCCACCACUGAGGAGGUGUGGGUGCCCCAGGAAAGGACCGGUACUCUGAGCUCUGCUGGCCCCACCGGACCCCACAAACCACCCCCGCUCAUCCUCAGCCCAGCCCAGCACCUCGACAUCUCCCGGCUUCCUUUCAUCCUCUCCCCCAAGUCCCCCACCAGCCCCAGUGCUGCCUCUUUCCAGGCUGCCGCUGCAGCUGCAGGUUACCAGAUCUCCCUUCAGUAUGCUCCUGGCACAACCUACAGUGGUCCCCAGCAGCAGCCCAUGCCAGGCUCUCCCCGUCUCUGCUCCCCUAAGGAGGUGGUGGCCCCUGUCCCUUUCAACCAGCAGGAUGCCACCCUGGUCCUCCCACCUGGCUAUCCAGCCAACCUGUCUAACCUGGCCUGCUGCCCCCUCCCUCCAAUGUACCCGGGGGGAAGCUCCUGUGCCGGGCUCCCCAUCCCCCCCAUUGCCCUACACACCCCCUGGGGCACCUACAACCCCUGCCCCCCCAUGCCCAGCCCCUCGGGGACACUGCCCCCCAUUCCUCUCUCCCCCUCCUCCCCCACCGCCUCCCCUCCACCGCCCCCAGCAGAGCUGCAGCUGCAGGGUCAUGGUGGCUCACCAGAGGCCAUGGCAAUGGAUGCCGGAGAGGGCUUCCACGAGGUCCUCUCCCUCAACGAGAGCCCCGUGCCCAGCAGUGCUGAGAAGUUUGGCAAGAAGAACCGCAAGCGGGCAGAUGGCAGGGCUGAGGAGGCCAAUGCACCGGCCAUCGCCGAGGGAGGCAAAUCCAAGAAGGAGGGCCGGGCCCUGGGUGACUUCAACUCUCUGAUCUCCAGCCCGCGGCUGGGCAGCAGGGAAAAGAAAAAGCCCAAAGGCCAGAAGGAGCAGCAGCUGAAAGCUAAGAAGCUGAGCAAGGCUCCCACAAACAGCGAGUUCCAGGACAGCUCAGAGAGUGAACCUGAGCUCUUCAUCAGCGGGGACGAGCUGCUCAACCAGUGCCAGAGCGGCAAGAAGGGCUGGAAGAGCAAGAGGAGCCUACGGGCGGCCAGCGAGCUAGAGGAGAUCAAGUGCCGCAAGGCCAAUGAGAAGGAGGACCGCGGGUUGGGAAGCCAGGGCUUUGUUUAUGUGAUGGCCAACAAGCAGCCACUGUGGAAUGAGGCCACUCAGGUCUACCAGCUGGACUUUGGGGGACGUGUCACACAGGAGUCAGCCAAAAACUUCCAGAUCGAACUGGAGGGGAGACAGGUGAUGCAGUUUGGCAGGAUUGACGGCAACGCCUACAUCCUGGACUUCCAGUACCCGUUCUCUGCUGUUCAAGCCUUCGCAGUGGCUCUAGCUAAUGUUACUCAACGCCUCAAAUGAGGUCCCACCCCCUCUUACACUGAAUACUAGCGAGGAUCGGAACACCUGCUGGAAGGACAAGAUUAUUUAAUUUGAAGUUACUUUAAUAUUGGAGAAAAGACUGAAAUGAACUCUGUUUGCAUAUCGCAUCGCAAGCGAGAAAACGAGACACUGUGGUGCUGCACUGCCCAAUGUGGCCACCAGAGGGUGCAAUAAGCAUGGGCUGCAGGCGUUGGAGCAGGGCCAUAGUUUGCCUUGGCACAGUCAGCGGUCCCCUGUACUGCUUACAGGGCCCAAGAGCUCAGCUUUCUGUAGUCGUCAUGCAAAUAAAUGCUGCUUUAGCUAAUGAAAGCUAGCUAGUGGAAAGACUUAACUUACAACCUUCUAACGGUUUGGGUUUCCUGUCGGUAUGGUCCCGAGAGAUCAGUCGUUCUCUCUGUGCGGUUUUAAAAAGGAGCAGCAGUAAUACUUGAAAAAACUAUCUGGAAGAUUGAAGAUGUCGUUUUUUUCUUUCCAGAGCGUACAGGUACUACUGGGCACUGAAAUCCGUUGCUGUAUGAAACCGUUAUCAUCACUUUAUAACACUGCUUUGGCAUUUAGGUUUUUACACCUAAAGAUCAAACUUUCUGGGGGGGAAAUCUAGGCUUUUGAAAUGUUAUUUUUUAGUUAUCUGCCAUGUGUUUUGUUACAAUCCAAAUCUAUCUUGGCUGGAUUUGAGGUUUCAAUAUAUGCAUUGUAUUGUUGGAGCACUAGCACACGCAAAUGCGCAAGUUGUCUGAUUUCCCUGUUGUCAGAAACUCUGGAGAGGUAAAAGAUGUAAGCUGAACGGCAGUCCUUGGAAUUUGAAGGAGAAAAAAAGAUGAUGUAGCUCAUAUGGUUUAAUGUAUCUCUGCAUUUGUUUUUCCUCUUGUUACGAAUAGGUCAUACAGUAUUCAGAUAUGAAUUUUAACAUUGUAAUUGUUCUUCGUAUUCAUGUUGUUUAUUAUACAAUCUUAGUACCUUGUUUACAUGGAUUUCAAGAUGUCUGCUUUAUUUGGGAGAGACAGAGACUUAAUUGAAAUGCUGUUCUGUACACUACAAAAUCGGUGUGUUUUAAAAUGGUUUUACAGAAUAGUUGUGACCGUUAUCCUGUAUCUCCCAUUUUUAUCAUGGUGACAUGUUGACGGGGACACAAACAAAGAUCCUAGAGGUAAGAGUUCACCAAUCCGACCUUUGUUUCCCUGACAUGAAGUAAUUUGUCACUUGCUGUCACUUCUGUGAAGUGAGCGUCAUCGUGUAGGCGUGUCCUACUCUUAAGCCAACACUAAAUGAGUAAGCAAGGUACAGGAAAUAUUUUUGUAUAUUUCACCUAUGCCAUUUCAUUAUUAUUAUUAUUAUUAUUAUUAUAAUUUUUAAGUCAUGUAAAUAACUGCCACAUAUCAUUCAUAAAUAUUGUAAAAUGAUCUGGUGGAGUUGGACAGCUGUUUUCAUUGUAGCCCACUGUGUAUGUUCAAUAUUAUGGCGGAUAGCUGUAGUACAGUAGUAUAAAUAUAGAAAUACACUAUAAUCCCUGAGAAACCUGACAUCUUUCUAUUCUUUCAGUCUUUGAAGAUAGCUUUCUUCUUAAUUGAGGUUAUCUUAACCUGUUAGAACUUGGCAAGCUGAAACUGCAAUCAUUUAAGCUGACUAGUUUUUGUUAGACAUCCAGGCUUGGGUCUCUAUGCAUUGUGAACAGUCUGCAGGGCUGGGGAUGGAUGCUGGCGCAAAAGCAGAUAGACACUUCAAAUAUUUGCGGACUUAAGUGUGGUAAGAUACCUGUCAACAUCAUCCACACUACUAAUUUUCAAACAUAUCAUUGGAAAAAAUGAUUUAUCAAACUAAAAUAUCUAUUUGAUGGAUGGUUAGGAUCACUUCAAAACAUGUGUGCCAAAAAAUGGAAUUACUACAAUUUGGAAGAUUAAUACAAAGGGGCCUAGAUCACUUGUGUGACAGAGAGAGAUCACUCCGGACCAGAUCCACACAUCAUGGUCUUGAAAGCAAUGAGAUUAUUAGAUUAGGUUUGUAUUUCUUCCUCUGAGCUGCAUGUGAUAGUUGUUGGUUGGGGUGGGAUUAAGAUGGACCUGAUUCAAAGAAAAUACAAUUUCUUAAACAUGUCCGUCAAUGUUCAUUUUGUGUUAACAAUUUUGUUGUGCAAUAUUUUCUAAAGAAAGGUCCUCCCCUCACCAACACUGUUUGACAACCCUUCACUUUCACACUAGUAGUGUGGGGGAAACUAUAAUAUUCAAUUUCUUUUUGCUGGUCUGUACAUUUAUUUAUGAGAUUUUUUUCUUAAGCUAAAGGCUGUACAUAACUUGUUGACUUUGCUGAACAUUUCUUUCUGUUGAAAGGGGUUUGUUACUGGUGUAGCCUAUUUGUCAGAUCAUGGGAGGGGGUGGGCAAGUAGGGAAGAGAACUUUUCAAUAUGUGUUCUGUGAAGUUUGCAGUGGAUGGGAGAAGAUCUGAAGAAGUGCCCUGUCCUUGAGUGUAGUUGGUAGUAGUCAUUUAAGGAAGUGUGUGUCAAGUGUGUUCAAUUGUGAGGUCAACCGAUCCCAUAAGUGUUAUCUAUGUUAACUUCUUCAGUGUGUGUAUUUCCACCAAUUCUCCCCCUCGAGAAAGCUAAACCUUUUUCACUCCGUUAAGAGUUUUAUCAUUUUGUUUAUUCUCACCAUGCAAUGGAAAUCUACGCAUACAUGGUGUUGACUGACUGGUCAAUUUUGAUUGUGUAUUAUUUCAAUACAACUCACACAUCAGUCCACAUGACAUGACCGUUUGGAUAAGCCACUGAAAACAUGUAUAGAUCUCCCUUGGACACUGGUUUAGGAUUCUAAAUGAAUUCAUUUGAGGUGGUAACCUGUAGUAGACAUUGUAGGAUUUGGCUUUUCGUUUGAUCAGAAAUGUGCUUUGUACAUGUAGUUGUAGACAUAUAUAGGAAAAAAAACUUGAAAAAAUCUGAGUGAUUUGGUGACUGAAUGUUUAUAGUGAACGGUAGUAAGGCAUGCCAUGUUAAUUAUUUUACAAUUGUAUAUGUCACGCAUCUUUUGAAUAAAAUGUAAUUGUUUCAGA